AUGGCUUCAGAUGACUAUUAUCCCUACACGCCUAGUUUGAUUGCUGCAGUUAUUGGAGUUGGGCUUUACUUUGCUUUGUUUGCUGUCCAUUUUGUCCGCAUAUACCACACCCGAGCAUGGGAUGGCACAUAUAUGUUAGCAGGGGCUUUGAUGCAGGCUAUGGGACUGGGAGCCCGAGUUUAUUCUUCCAAAGAUCCCAGUAGUUUUGGUGCCCAUGGCGCUCAAUACGUGCUGCUUCUGCUAGGGCCCACCCUUUGCAUGUUUACCGUCAAUGUCACGCAAGUGAAGAUGAUGCGCUGUUUGAACUCCGAGAAUCUGGGUGCGAUCCCCGUGCCGUUGAGAUUACCCACAUACCUCAUCAUCAACACCGCUUUGCUUCUCCUUCAGAUGGUUGGCUCCGUCAUUCUUGCAGUCACCCAUAGAGUUGCUUUGCUCGAGACUGCAACGAAGAUUCUCACUGCAAGCUAUGUAUGCCAAAUGGUGUUUUGGUUAUCCGUUUUAGGGGACAGUAUCAUCUGGAGGAUCAGAUUUGGGCGAUCCCCUUCCAGCAAUCCACCGAGGAUGGCGCACUGGAAAUACUAUGCCCAGUUGUUUGAUCUGGCGAUCUCAAUUGUUGCUCUUGGCCGAAGCUUGAUGCGAUUGACACAGCUCGGCAUGGGACCCGAGGGGUUUUUGACCGUGACUGAAUGGCCUAAUUACGCUUUCGACUUUUAUCAACCGGCCGUCAUUCUCCUGGCCUGGGGAGUGUUUUAUUUGCCAGGGAUUUGCAGAGAAAUUGCGUUUAAGAAUGUUUCGGAUAUUGCGAGAUGA